AUGAAGCUUUAUGGCCUUGGAGUCCUGGUAGCCAUCCUCCUCUGUGAGCAGUAUGGCUUCGCCUUUCAGAGUGGCCAGGUUUUAUCUGCUCUUCCCAGAACCUCUAGGCAAGUUCAAGUUCUUCAGAAUGUUACUACAACCUAUGAGGUCGUUCUCUGGCAGCCAGUGACCGCCGAAUUCAUCGAAAAGAAAAAAGAAGUCCAUUUUUUUGUGAAUGCGUCUGAUGUGGACAGUGUGAAAGCCCAUUUAAACGUGAGCAGAAUUCCAUUUAGCGUCCUGAUGAAGGAUGUGGAGGACCUAAUUCAGCAGCAGACCGCCAAUGACACCAUCAGCCCCCGAGCCUCCUCAUCAUACUAUGAGCAAUAUCACUCUCUAAAUGAAAUCUAUUCCUGGAUAGACGUUAUAACCGAACGGUAUCCUGACAUGCUCCAAAAAAUCUACAUUGGCUCAUCAUAUGAGAAGUACCCACUUUAUGUUUUAAAGGUUUCAGGAGAGAAAAAAACAACCAAAAAUACCAUAUGGAUCGACUGUGGAAUUCAUGCCAGAGAGUGGAUCUCACCUGCUUUCUGCUUGUGGUUCAUAGGCUACGUAACCCAGUUCUAUGGGAAGGAAAAGAUGUAUACCAGUCUUCUGAGGCACGUGGAUUUCUACAUUAUGCCAGUGAUGAAUGUGGAUGGCUACGACUACACAUGGAAAACGAACCGAAUGUGGAGAAAGAACCGUUCUGUCUACAAGAACAACCGAUGUGUGGGCACAGACCUGAACAGGAACUUCGCUUCCAAACACUGGUGUGAGGAAGGUGCAUCGAGUUUCUCCUGCUCUGAAACCUACUGUGGACUCUAUCCGGAGUCAGAGCCGGAGGUGAAGGCAGUGGCCAACUUCCUGAGAAGCAAUAUCAACCACAUCAAAGCUUACAUCAGCAUGCACUCAUACUCCCAGCAAAUUCUGUUCCCCUAUUCCUAUAACAGAAGCAAAAGCAGGGACCAUGAGGAACUGUCUCUAGUGGCCAGUGAAGCAGCUCAUGCGAUUGAAAUUAUUAAUAAAAACAGCAGGUAUACAUAUGGCAGUGGCUCAGAAAGUUUAUACCUAGCUCCUGGAGGUUCCGAUGAUUGGAUCUAUGAUUUGGGCAUCAAAUACUCAUUUACGAUUGAACUGCGAGACAAAGGCAGAUACGGAUUCUUGCUACCCGAGAGAUACAUUAAACCUACUUGUUCAGAAGCUCUGGCUGCAGUCUCCAAAAUAGUUUGGCAUGUCGUCAGGAACGUUUAAUGCCCUUGCCUCUGCUCGGGGUGUUUUUAUUUUACUAA